CGGACGCCGCCCUCCGCAGUCAGUCCCAACACUGCGCGCUGAGUGGUCGCCUGCUCGACUCCGGCUUGCUGCAACACCAGGUCCCAGGUUCAAGAACUCGCACACAAACAUGGCGGACGAUGAGAGAAGGCGGAUCGAAGAGGCGAAGAAGGCGAAGCAGGCCGACAUCGACCGCAAGCGCGCCGAGGUGCGCAAGCGCCUUGAGGAGACGGCCAAAGCCAAGAAGGCCAAGAAAGGUUUUAUGACCCCGGAGAGGAAGAAGAAACUCAGGUUGCUGCUGAGAAAGAAGGCCGCUGAAGAGCUGAAGAAGGAACAGGAGAGGAAAGCAGCCGAGAGGAGGAGAAUCAUUGAUGAACGCUGUGGUAAACCCAAAAACGUUGACGACGCUAACGAAGCCCAACUGAAGAGAAUCGUCAAGGAGUAUUAUGAUCGUGUGUAUCUGUGUGAGGGUCAGAAAUGGGAUUUGGAACAUGAAGUGAGAAAGAGGGACUGGGAGAUCUCCGACCUAAACAGCCAAGUGAACGACCUGCGCGGUAAAUUCCAAAAGCCAACCCUGAAGAAGGUGUCAAAGUAUGAGAACAAGUUCGCCAAGUUGCAGAAGAAAGCAGCUGAGUUCAACUUCCGGAAUCAGCUCAAGGUUGUUAAGAAGAAGGAGUUCACCCUCGAGGAAGAGGACAAAGAGCAGAAGAAACCGGACUGGACAAAGAAGGGGGAAGAAAAGAAGGAGGGAGAGAAAGAAGUGGAGGCAUAAAUUUGAUAUUUACAGAAUCUUUCAAUUACUUUUCUAUAACUUUGAAAAUGAAAAUUGUCACAGGCAGACGGAACGAAUUUCUGGUUGCGUGAAGGAUAAGUGGAGCCUAGCAACGAACAAACGAGAGCUGCAAUCGUGACGUCAACAUUGUUCCGCUGUGAUUUUAUGUUCCUUUUAUAUUUUUAUUCUUAACUUAAAUAUAGAGACCUACUGUUUUAUUGUGGAUUUAGAAAUACCAUACUUUGUAGUAAACUUAUAUUUUCUUCUUCUUACAUUCUGUAACAAACAUUUCUCUUUUUAAUCUUUUCCAUUUUGAAUUUAUCGGUGUUUACUGUGAAAUUAUUUGCAAUCUUGGUGCAAACAGACAACAAAUAAACAUUGUACACCAUUAUAACUAAACUGAAUAUUAAAAUUUUGAAUGCACAGGUCCAUAUGGCCCAUUGACACAAAUAAAAAUAACAUUUUUCACAGAGCAAUAAAAAUCAACGAAUCA